CGGGGACGGGGGUUCCUCGCCUUCACCCCUUCUCAGGGAGCCCCGCCGACCGCCUCAGCUGCCCUCGGUGGUAGGGGACCUCUACCUCUGGGCUCUGUUUCCUGUGCCCAGCGAUUUGCCAGAUGCGGGGGUGAAGCUGUUGCUUUGCUCGUGUCCGGCAUCCCAGGUGACUGAGAGACCCUCGGGUGCUGGUCCCUAGGUAGCCGUCAAUUAUCUUCAUCGCUGGGUUAUCAGUAGGGGUAAACAAUACUUUGAAUUCAGCACCUUUGCUUUGGAAGAUCUCGAGUCGCUUCACAAAUUAGGAAAUAACACUGGUAUCUUCAUUUACAAAGUCAAAGUGCCAAGCAGAAGAUGUCAGACAGUCAUUCAGUAAUGUUCAAUAUUCUUAAAAGAAAUAGAUUAACAUCUCCCAGCAGUAACUUUAAAUACUCCAAUUUUAAAGACACAUGUUGCACUUCAGUAUUUCUGGACAGCAGAUGCAAUGAGUCCGUAAAAGAUCCUGAUGUAGAACAUAAAGAAGCACUGAGUGUAACAAGUUUAUCAUUGCUACAAGAGCAUUCUGAGCACAUUCAUCCAAAUGCCCUCUUUCCUGUGUCAUCAUCUAUUGAAAAUGAAAUUAAUUCUAUCUCCUUAUCGGAAAGAAGAGAAGCAAAUAGAAGUGUAGAUUUUUUUGAAACUCCUAAAGUGAGUAGAAAAGGCUCCUCACUACGCAGGAGGCUGCUUUUAUCUAAGAGUGUUCCAGCUGGCACAACUGUAGGAUGCUGUGAAAGACAAGCUAGUUCUUCAGGAAGCAGCAGGAAAAAAAUAUUCUCUUGUGUUUUGAGCUCUGAAGAAAAACUUUCACAAGCUGCUUCAGAUUCUCCAAAAGAUAAAAGUUACAAACCUCUGACAACUAGCACUUCAAAAACUGAAGACUCUAAUCCUGAUUGCCCAAAACGGAGACUUUCCUUUUCACAACAAAGGACCUCAACGCUAGAUGAGUCCAAAUGUAAGGACCCCUUAUUGCUAGAACCAGAAUGUUUAUCUCCAAUUCAGUGUAAGGAUGUUAUUGUUAGUAAUGCUAAUGAAUUCAGUGAAAGUGUCCUUAUGAGUGUUAGUGAUGGGUUGCUUAGGACUCCUACUUACAGUGUGUUACCUGAGGUCAAUGAGGGUAAGUUCCUGACUUCUAUUAACAGUCUUGUAGAGAACUUUAACUUUGAACUGUGUGAUAUAAACUCUCCCCCUGUUAAGCUGGCAAAUUACCCAGAUCUUUCAACACCUGAGGAUAGUGGAUAUAAUUCACUUCAUUUGGACAAAUCAGGAGACUCAUUGUCUGAUCAUGAGAGAUCUUUCCAAGAGAUCUUCCAAAAAAGUAAAGAAGAUUCCAAAAUUCUGGAUAGUAGAAGAAAGACAAGAAAACUUGAACGAGUUAGAAGGUUAUCCACUCUUCGGGAACAGGGCUCACAAUCGGAGACAGAAGAUCAUCAUGGCAGUCCUUCUACUUCAGCAUGUAUGUUAACAGAAGAAAGAAACUUUGUCAGUGAAGACCAUGCAUUAGUUUUAGAACAACAGCCUAGUGGUGAUGUAGUUGUAAGUCACGGAGAUCUCUCAAGAACUCCAGCUCUUAAAAUAGUUCAUGAAAUUUGCUUGCAAAGACAAAGAUCAGACCAAAAUGAAAUAUCAGAUAAUGAUGGAACAGAAAUAUUUGCAUUAGAACAUGUUCUUGCUGGACUUAUUGGCAAGAAAAUGGGCCUUGAAAAAUUAGAUAUUUUAACAGAAUUAAAAUACCGAAAUUUAAAACAUGUUCUUGCUAUAGUUUUAGAUGCUUUGACAGUGGAAAGUCUAUGCAGUAUUUGGAAAGUAAGCAAAACCUGGCGUGAAAUCAUUGUACAAGAUAAAAGUGCAGAUAAGAGGAGAAAGUUGUAUAUAAAACAUCUGAAAGAAGAGGCUGGGGAAUAUUUCUUGAAAGCUGAAGAUGCUGCCACAAGACUUAACGUUCUCAAUAGAUCUGCUCUAAGGCCUGUUCAAGCUCAAGCCAGAACUCCUGUAGUACAAACACCACCUUCAUACACUGAACUUACACCCAGGAAAUGCAGUUCUGUUCCCCAUUCAACUAGUAGACAGGAAGAAUACAUAAAAGUUGCUAAAACUCUGUUCACUGACGAAGCUCUAAAACCCUGUCCAAGAUGUCAAUAUCCUGCUAAAUAUCAAUUGGUAAAGAAACGGGGACUAUGUAGCAGAGAGGCAUGUGCAUUUGAGUUCUGUAUUUUAUGUCUGCAUGCUUUCCAUGGGUCAAAAGAAUGUAAUAGUUUAUCUGCAAAACGGAAGAACAAAAAAGAUGCUCCUCCAGGAAGUGCCCAAAGCAAAAGAAAUUUAAAAAGACUCUAAAUUUGUAAGGCACGUAAGUCCUUACAUUUAAUUCCUUUUCCCCUUCUCCUGAAUUCCUAAUCUUGUUCAUAUUCUUCCUAAAUACACACAUUUUGAAAGUCUCAUUCAAUGUGUUUUUGCUGACUUAUCUUGAUAACUUCUCAUGUAUAUAUCUUAAUUUAGUAUGUUUUUGUUUUUGAAAAAAGUGAACAUUUUAAAACAUUUUAUGUCUUGUUUUACCUGUUGUGUAGUAGCUAGGCACUUACUAACAUCUGAAGUUUUUAAUAAAGUAUCUUAAAUGUAGUCUUCAAUAUCUAGCUUACAGCACCUCAUAGAUGUUUAAAAAUGUGAUUCUUGUCUUAAUGACAAAUUAAAGAAAUUUAAAAAAAAUCUUUUA